CCCAGUCACUCCCACUGUCACGUGUGAGAGGAACCGAGGAGAAAGUGAAAAGGGGUUUGGACUACAAAGAGUAGAUUUGAACAGUUUGUGGAAAAAAAAAAAUAGGUAUAAAUGAAGAAGCUGGUGGGAAGAGCUCCGCCCCCUCGCUUCGUGAGGAAAUAAUCACAGUUGGACUGGGAUGAUGUGGGCAACGACUGUCCUCCUGCUGCUCCUGCCUCAGCUGGUUUCCUCCACAACUGAAGGUACCGCUGGCCAUUUAAACCAAUCAGAGCCUGAAAGUGAGGAACUCUCUGACUCACCUGUCAAAGACCAAAAAGCUUUCAGGCAGACCAAAGGUCACGAUGCGUGCUCCAUCCCAUGUGACAUCACCGUCAAACUCCUCCGGGAUGAAAAACACUCAAUCUGUGGCCAGCUGCAGCAGUCCCUGCUGGCAUUUGGACGUAGCACCCGAAAGCUAAUCAGGGAUGUGAUCGAGGAGCAGCAGAGAGGCCUAGAUGUCCUGAGCGGACAGGUUUCGGAACUGAUGAGCAAAGUGCAGAUGCUCAGCUCCGAGGUCCAAAGAAGCAACGCUGAGAUGUACUCGAUAAAACCUGUUCAGUCUCACGGACGAGACUGCAGUGACAUCAAGGAGAGUCUGAUGUCAGUCGUCCCAAAGAUCCCCAGUGGUAUUUACAUAAUCCAUCCAGAAGAAACAGACUCUUCUUUUGAGGUGUUCUGUGAGAUGGACUACAUGGAAGGCGGCUGGACAGUGAUGCAGAGGAGGACUGAUGGAUUGAAUGACUUCAAACGAUCCUGGGCUGAUUACCUUGAUGGAUUUGGAAACCUUGCAGGAGAACACUGGUUGGGUCUGAAGAAGGUUUUUCACAUCGUCAACCAGAAAGAUGCUCGCUUCCAACUUCACAUCGCUCUAGUGUCCAACAACGAUGUCACGUCUUAUGCCUCCUAUGAUGACUUCCGCCUUGACAAUGAAACCCAGUUCUUCAGAAUCCACCUGGGCAGAUAUGCAGGCAGUGCUGGUGAUGCUUUCCGUGGCUAUGAGCAGGAACAGAACCAGAACACAGCUCCAUUUAGCGCCUCAGAUGUGGACAACGACGGCUGCAAUCCGUCAUGCAGCUUUGCCAACAGGACGGUGGAGAGUUGCAGCAUCCUGCACAACCACACAGGGUGGUGGUUCAACCAGUGCGGACUGGCGAACCUCAACGGCUCCCCCGAAGACGGGGAACAGAACCAAGGGAAGAGGACACGCAUCCUUUGGGACACCUGGAGGCAGAGUGGAGUCCCUUACGCCAUCAAAUCCGUUACGAUGAAGAUCAGAAGGCUUGCAACCAACAACUGACACCUAAUUAGGAGGGAUGAAGCAUUGAUGGGCCUCCGACAAUUUUACUAACACAGCAAAUAUUUGGUAGUGCAAAAUAUUACAACUUACACUUGAAUUUAGAUAAUACUUUCAAAGACCCUUUCUAAAACUUAGCAGAUACUUUCUGAAACUUUCAUGAAUUUUGGCAGAUACUUUUACGGGCUUUUUUAAUCAAGCUUUCUUGAAACUCCUGAGAUACUUUCUGGAACUUUUCUGGCAUCUACUAAGUACUUUUCAAACAUUUUAUGGAGCUUUUCCUUUAUUUCCAUUCAAAUUCCAUGGAAGUACCUGAUGAGUUUUGGAAAAGUCUCUUCGAAGUUCUGCAAAAGUUAUGGAAGAUUAUCUCAAAGUUCAGCAAAAGUAUUGUUAUUUAGUGCUAAAUUAUAUUUACUAUAAAUAUGAUCUUAAACUAUGACUACAGCUAACUUUGUUUUGUCUGAAGAGGACAAGUUUAUGCAUUAAACUCUGCCACAAAUGCCAUUAACAAUUAACCACCGUUACAAGUAGAAAUCCCUGAUGUGCACAUGAAUUCUGUGAUUUUUGUUAAAUUGUGCUUGUUCUUUGUAAUUGCCAUAAAUGUUUCUAUGUAACAUGUCUUUAUUUGUUAUAUUUGAAUCUAAAAGUUAGAUAAGAAAAACUGCAAUAACAAACAUGAAUCCCGUCACUAUUUACUUCUUCAUCAAGAGGAAAUGAAAAGUCAAGCCAAAGCUUUUUAUAUUUGUUUUUUAUUAAUAUGAUUUUAAGAUUUUACAUAUUACAAGUGGACAAUAAAGUCAUUCUGCAUGUA